AUGGCCGCUAGCAUCUUGACCGUCGCUCUCUUUGCCGCUACACUCAUUGAUGUCUCGCUCGGAGCUGCAGUCACAAAGCGGCAGUCCGUCACUGCUCUCUCGCAGGCACAGAUAUCAGCGUUCAAGCCAUACACGCAUUAUGCGAGCACUGCGUAUUGCACGCCGUCUACGACACUGACAUGGACGUGUGGAGCCAACUGCGACGCAAAUUCCGGCUUCCUGCCAACGGCGUCAGGCGGUGAUGGAGCUGCGACACAAUACUGGUACGUUGGAUGGGAUGCAUCGGAGAGCACGGUCAUCGUCGGGCAUCAAGGAACUCAGGCGAGCAAAAUUAUCCCAGUCUUGACUGACGGAUCCUUCUUUUUGACUCAACUGGACUCGACACUUUUCCCCGGCCUGAACUCUUCCAUUGAGGUGCACAAUGGGUUUGCUGCUUCGCAAGCCAGGUCGGCGGCCGACGUACUCGCAGCCGUCCAGUCUACCCUUUCGGCGCACAGUUCCAACUCUGUGACGGUUGUGGGACACUCUCUCGGUGCUGCUAUUGCCUUACUCGACUCGGUCUAUCUUCCCCUGCACCUACCUUCUACGGUCACGGUCAAGACUGUUGGUUACGGCAUGCCCCGCGUAGGAAACGAGGCGUUUGCGGACUACGUCGAUGCACACCUCCAUGUGACCCACAUCAACAACAAGGUAGACCCCGUGCCGAUUGUUCCCGGAAGGUUCCUGGGCUUUGUCCAUCCUGCAGGGGAGGUUCACAUCAACGACGACGGCUCAUGGGACUCUUGCCCUGGCCAGGAUAACACUUCCUCGGAUUGCAUCGUCGGCGCCGAGCCAUCUCUUCUGGAUGGUGAUUCGUCAGAUCAUUCUGGUCCUUAUGACGGUGUCACUAUGGGGUGCAGUUAA